GGGGCCAAGGGCACGCGACCGGACAAUAUCUGCUCGGGUGAUAUUCUCAAGAAUCUCAACAGUAUCGUUGAUGAGGGGGAAGGCGCAGUCUCUGCCGUUAUCUCGCCGAAGGAAUUGGCCUGUAAGGUGCUAAAUCGACUGCGACCCGAUGAGUCGCCGAUCUCUGCAGACAGAAGAGUAAUGUGGCACAAGCCUGUGGAGCCCUUUCUUCCCAGCAUCAACACAAGCAUCAACACGUCGUGUUACUCAGCGCUUCGCGACGUAGUGUUUGCGUCCAACUCCACCAAGUUUUACUUCGUUCUCGACGAAUACUGUGUUGGCGGCCAGCCUCGGUCUAUCAAUGUCAGACGCCUGUCGAUCAGGAAAGCAGAUCUACUAGAGCAGGCCAACCAGGGAUCGAAAUCCCUCGCCGAGAACGAAGUGAAUCAAGUGAUUACCUAUUGGUGGCCAUCUGCCGAGUCCGCAGGUGCGGCAGCAGCCUCUCCCUUUGUUCUUGACAUCAGCACGGACCAAACCAACCCGAUGGCAAUCUCCUGGGGCAUGGAUUUGACGGCAAGUGGGGCACAUCUCAUCGUCGGGACGAGUCCCACAGGGACAGGAGGAGGUAAACCGGCGAUCGCUGCUAUUUCCACGACCAACGGCAGCCACGUGUCCGUCACUGCCCCAGCUGAUGUCUUGUCCGGUCUUAGUUUCAAUCCGAAUAGAACGCACCUGUUCAUUGCAGACAUCGUUCAUCCCAUUAAGAUCCUUUCCACGGCCGUAGGAGAGUCCGGGCUGCCCAUCAAUUCGUCGAAAGAAUGGCGAACUAUCAGUGAACUUUCUGGCAGAGGGGAUCUUAACGUAUCCGACGUGUCCUUUCGCAGACAGACGUUCGUUGCAGACGGGAGGUGUAUGUACUUCUUGGACCGAAUCAACUCGCGUGUGUGGGGAGUCGAUCCCUUGUUAUCCUCCUCGUUCUCCUCCUCCUCACCAUCCGCUGCCACUCUCAUUGCAGAAUAUGGCCAAGGAGGAGGGGAUGCCGAAGGCUAUGAUGGACAUGGUUCGUCAUUCAAAUGGUCAGGUGAUGUGGUGGCGACUCCAGACGGAUGCAAUAUCUUUGCCACGGAUGGCAAGCUAGGUCUUCUACGUUGGCUGAAGCUGGACUCUCCAUGUAGCACGGCACGCAGUGUGGUGACUCUCGCAGCAAUGCCUGACGACCGCUUCCAUGGGCUAGCGCUUCAUGAAUACGGAGGCGAGCUGUUCUUGUUCGUCGGAGACAGCUAUGGCAACCUGUUCGAGUUCAAAAUCGACAGCUCCAAAUUGCAUCCCUGUGCGGCCAGCGCGCCAUUGCCACCCAGCAUUCCGGCGGAAAGCUCACCACCUACCUCAGGUUCACUCCCUCCCCUCUCCGUCGCUCCCAACACUCCCUCCUCUCUUUCUUCUUCUCCUUCAUCUGGUACCGAAACCUUCUCCUCGAUUCCUCCGGUUUCCCUCUCUAACCCGGAGGCGUCCACCUCCGUUUCACCUGCUUCUUCGUCUUUUCCGGACAAUCUAUCUCCGGGUGUAGUGUCCAAAACGCACUCCCACAACCUCUGGCUCAUCAUCGGCGUGCCUAUCCUAUCGCUUGCCAUGGUUAGCACUAUUGCCAGCGUGGCUUUCUUUGCCUGCGAAUCCCGUCGGCAAGGCAGGGUCGCCAAACUUGAGAUCUGUUCCGUGAAUACCCGAGAAACAAGUUCGCUGGAGACUGGACUGUGGAAGCCAAGUAUGUCCAGACAGUUCAUUUGUAAGUUCAUGGCGGAGAUAGCGGGAGACCCAGUCAAGGUGGCUUGUCCUCAGCAGGCGCCGUCAGGAUCUGGAGAUGUUGAACACGGGGGGAGGGGCGAGGAGUCUCAGCCAGUCCAUAUGGCAGGGACAAGGAUGCUGCGGACGACAAGUUGUGCCCCCCCCCCCGGGCCAGGAGGUGUUCAUCAACAUGGGGGGGAGGAGCCUCAAGCACUCGAUACUGCUCAGAAAAGGAUGCUGCCGACGACAAGUUGUGCGCCGUCCGGAUCUGGACGUGCUGAACAACAUGGGGGCGAGGAGUCUCCGCCGGUCCAUACUGCAGGAUUCACAAGGAUGCUCCCCACCUCAAGUUGUGCGCCCCCGGGGUCUGAAGGUGUUCAACAACAUGGGGGCGAGGAGACUCAACCAGUCAGUACUUCUGGAAAAAGGAUUCGUCUGAUAACCAGUUGGGGUCCGACCACGUCUCGACAUUUUGAACACCUGGGCAAGAAUCGUCAGCCAGUCGGCACCGCAGGGAAAAGGAUGCUGAUGAGGACAAGUCGGACCCCUUCGGGCUCUGGGGUGGCAGUCCGGGGCUGGAGUCGGAGGAUGCUGACGAGGACACGUAGGGCGCCUUCGGGGUCUGGGGUGGUAGUCCGGGGCUGGAGUCGGAGGACUGGAAUGUGCUGCGGAGGUGUUGGAGACGGAGGAGAGGAACCUCACCCAUUCGAGGUAAAGCGGUUCCGGUUUGCAGAGCUUUCCCAAUGCACAGAUGAUUUCAGCAGCAGCUCUCGUGUUGGGGAGAGGGGAGCUUUUGGAGAAGUUUACCGGGGUCGGAUCGGCGAGCAGCAGGUGGCCAUCAAGUUGAUGUCCGGCGAGCUCACUGCCUCCAGGCGCCGUAUGUUCAUUGCGGAGGUCAACGUGCUGAGCAGACUCCAUCACGCCAACCUCAUUCGGUUGGUGGGGUACUGCGGGGAGGGAAGUCGCGCUGCCUUGGUAUACCCCUAUUUUCCAGGUGGCAGUCUGUAUGAUCGCCUUCACAGGCGAGAGGAAUCCAUUGCCAGAGAACCCCUGGUCCCCCCGCCUCUGACGCUGGUGGAGCGGAUGUGCAUUGCCAUGCAGAUCGCCAAGGGCCUCGCGUACCUUCAUGAUGGAGCCGACCCCCCUAUCAUCCAUCGCGAUGUGAAGAGCAGCAACGUGCUUCUCGGCGAUGGCUCCGGGGUGGCUCUCCCCGUUGUGGUAGCUGAUUUCGGCCUGGCGACAACAGGGGGGAGAGGGGGGGGGGUUGUGACGGAGCGCGAGGCAGUGGUAAAGACCUUGCACGGAUGGGGGACUGUCGGAUAUAUGGCGCCUGAGUACUGGAGCUCGGGGGUUUUGUCGCAGAUGAUCGAUGUGUACUCUUUCGGUGUGAUCCUGCUAGAGCUGCUGACAGGAAGAAAGCCGGUGUGGGCAGCACCGUCUGGCGUGGGCUUGCUGACACUUGUGGAGUCUGUGGACUGGGCGAAACCUCUCCUCGAAAGUGGCCAUAGGGUUGAAGCAGGGGGGAUGUUGUCCGAGAUGGUGGACCCUUGCUUGCGGGAUGAGGCGGUGGGAUUGCCGUCCGGUCUAGUGGUGAUGGAGAGGAUGUUGUGCUUGGCGCGGAAGUGCCUUGCUCGUCAGGAGCGACUCACCCUUCAUGUCGCUGCACUGCGUCGCCUUCUCGCCAUCCUCUCUGACCCUAAUCGCACCCUCCCGAUCAUCCCAGUACGACUCGGGACCUCCACGAGGGUGUACUCAGCGCUGUGGGAUUCCGGUUCUCAGGGCGGCUUCAUUCACCCACGCGUGGUGAAGGAAGUCCGCUUACCCAUGAGAGGGUCUCCGACUCCCAUCUCCGUUAUCCUAGGGGAUGACAAGACUCAACGCUUCUUCGAUCAGACGGUCACCGACCUCCCCUUCUUCCUCACUCUCGAGCCGACUGAUCGUUCCCCCGCGUCUCGUCGCCACCGCUUCUCUGCACAUUUCGGUGUGAUGGAGACGGGGUACGACUUCAUUCUCGGCACUCCGUGGUCUCGUCGGUUCCGCAGCACCGAGGCCGAUUGGGCGACCAACACUCUCGUUCUCAAAACAAAGUGUGGACAGACGUAUCGCGUACCUUUCAUAGGUACCACGACGAUACCACGCCCCGAUCCUCCUCCCCCGGAGCCGUCAGUGCCCACACCAUCCCCCUCUAUCACUGUCACCUCGCCUCGGCAGUUCGCUCACUUCAUUCGACAGGACGACGUCACCUUCUUUAUGGUGGACGUGACGGAUCUCUUACACUAUGAUCCACCCUGUCCCGACGCCGAGCUCAUCCCUCUGGAGCCAGAUCCUCCCUCUAUCUCCAUGGCUCCCAUCUCUACUUCCGUCCCUCUGCCGUCCGUCAAGUCCACCCCGCCGUCGGGCACUGACGUUGACGCUAAGGAACUCGCUCGAUAUACGGCUGACCUGGAGCCCACAAUUCGUGACCUCAUCCGAGAGUACCACGACGUUUUCCCAUCGUCGUUCUCGUACGCCGGCAUCCCACCGAUGCGUGACGUCGAGCACUCCAUUCAGCUUGUGCCUGACUAUCGUCGAUUGCGAGUGGGGGAGCGGGCAUUGGAGGCAGACGGGCCAGUCGGGGGAGGCGACGAGUACGACAAUGGAGACGAAGGUGAGUGCGAAGCACAGAACUACGACAGAAGCGACGCGUUCCCAUUGCGGACGGCUAGCAUGGGCGGUCGAGGCAGCAAGAGCAGGGCUUUUGCAUCGACAGGUCGGUGGGGAAAGAAGGCGGUAGCAGGAGGUGGCGAGGCUGAAGUCGACGGGGAGGCGGAGGGGGGGCGAAACUUCUGGUCGGUGGAGCAUAUGGUCGCACUCAUCAGGGCAAAGCGAGACCAGGAUGUGCAACUGUAAGCGUCAGGCUACACAUUAGCUCGUAUGGGGGGGAGGGAAUGAAAGUGGGCGGACAUU